GGGAGAGCUGCAGGAGUCGCAUUGGGGACCUUGGACGGGGGUCGACUCUGAGACGCUGCAUUCCCCAAGACACGGCUUCCUGCUCCGGGCUGAGCCAGUCUGGGAGAGCUGCAGGCAUCGCGUUGGGGACCUUGGACAGAGGUCGACUCUGAGACGCUGCGUCCUCCAAGACACAGCACAACAUCUGAACUGUCCCCACCGAACCCUGACGUGAAGGAGGGGAUAUUGUGACUACAACUCUUCCAAGAAUGGAGUUCCCAGUCCUUUUACUGGUGCUGUGUGGCGUGGCUUUCCUCGCCGGGGUGCCGUUGAACGGCUACGCCUUCUUUGUUGCCAGCUGCCGUGUGGAGAGGACGGCCAGCGCCGUGUGGUUCUGGAGCCGGGCCGUGGCCGAUUUAAUUUUCAUCAUUUUCCUGCCCCUCAGAUUGACCUCAAUCUUCAUCCUGGACUUAGACUCGGCCAAUGAGCUGAGCAGCACCGUCACCUCCUUCCACAUGUUCUUCAGUGCUUUCCUCCUCAUGGCCCUCAGUGUCGAUCGCUGCAUCCUAGUGGGACACCCUGAGUGGGCCCAGAACCACCGCACGCCCCUCCUGACAUUCAAGAUGGCUAUAGGCAUGUGGGCCCUGUCUGUUGGGUUCAGCUUGCGGCACAGUGAUCUCUGGGAAUCCCUGCACUCAUCUGCCAGCAUCAGAAUGAGCUUCCAGCUGGAUGAAAGGAGGUUGAAGGCUGCCGUUGCCAUCCAGUUCCUGGUUGGGUUUCUGAUCCCACUAGUCUUGAUCUUGAUCCCAGCCUCCUACAUUAUUCUCACUGCCAAGCUGAGAAGGAACAGGCUGAUCCAGUCCACCAAGCCACUCAAGAUCCUUCUUGGCUUGAUCCCGACCUUUUUCCUCUGCUGGCUGCCGUAUCACGUCUUCUCCUUCCUGCAGAUCUCAGCUACGUACCCUCAGACUCUUCUGAACACGGGAAGCACUUUUGCUUGUAUCCUGACAUAUUUCAGCAGCUGCCUCAACCCCAUCUUCUACCUCACCAUGGAGGAAGAGUUUCAGAGGUACCGGCAACGUGUACCCAACCCCCAAACCACUGACAACUCAGGGACAGAGACGGCUGAAUAGGGGAAUGGAUGAAUUGUCAAUAUUUGCAUGGAGAAAAAAUUCUCUUCGCUGGGACCUGUAACUUCCUCUUGACCCCAAAAUUGUCUUUUUUAG